UAUGUAUAAAUAUAUAAACACUAAAUUUUGCGUUUUUGUUACAUUUUAAUUUUUUUGUGAAUCGGUAGAUUGUCCGUUUUAAAAAGUUAAAGCAAGACGCAUAAUUUAGGCAAACAUGAUGAUAUCAGAGCGGAGGCGCUUUUUCAUAAUGGCGCUGGUGUGGAACUGUGUUUUGGUAUGGUUUCAAUCGAACGUGUUGGCAAUGGUGCACCAUGAAUUCCCUAACCCACGUUGGCCUGGUGGUCGCUAUCGAUGCAUUAUCACUACCAAAGCAUUCCCAAUUGCCAGACGUGAUACCAAUCCCGUUUGUGAUUGCGGAAUGAUUCAACUAAGGCGCAUUGUGGGUGGAACGGAGACAGAGAUAAAUGAGUAUGUUUUCAUGGCAUCCCUGAUUGAUUUGGUAAUAGAUGUCCACUGGUGUGGCGCAUCUAUUAUUUCCACUCGCUAUGCUCUUACUGCCGCUCAUUGUAUAACACGGCGAAAGAAUUCCUUAUCACUUUUGGUUGGUGACCAUAACCUAAAAGAGGAUUUUGAAACCGAUACAGCUAAACUGCAUUCAUUGGAAGAUUUUAUUGUGCAUCCUAAUUAUGGUCAAUGGUAUUCAGGAAAUGACAUUGCAAUCGUAAAAACAACUACUCCUAUUGAGUUUAAUAUCAAUGUAGGUCCCAUUUGUCUGCCAUAUCGUUAUACCGAUAAGGAUUUUUCUGGAGAAGUGGUGACUGCUAUGGGAUGGGGACGCUACCUUGCCGGUGGUCCAACUUCUGACGUUCUGAGAGCGGUCAACCUUACUAUUGUUACCCAACAAAGAUGUCAGGAGUAUUAUUCACAAAAACAUAACUUAACCAUCGCCAUUCCACAAAUAUGCAGCUUCGAAACGGGCAAGGACGCUUGUAAUUUUGAUUCGGGUGGCCCGCUUGUAUGGUUUGACACCACCAAUACCAACCGAUACCAACUCCUCGGCAUUAUUUCUUAUGCGCCGGGUUGCGCCACGGAUGCACCGGCUGUAAACACAAGAGUUACUAGCUAUGUUUCUUGGAUUCUAAAUAAGACACCAGAGCGGAGGCGCUUUUUCAUAAUGGCGCUGGUGUGGAACUGUGUUUUGGUAUGGUUUCAAUCGAACGUGUUGGCAAUGGUGCACCAUGAAUCAUUCCCAAUUGCCAGACGUGAUACCAAUCCCGAUUGUGAUUGCGGAAGAAUUCAACUAAGGCGCAUUGUGGGUGGAACAGAAACAAAGGUAAAUGAAUAUGUUUUCAUGGCAGCCAUGAUUGAUAUGGAUAGAAAAAUCCUCUGGUGUGGAGCCACAAUUAUUUCCACUCGCUAUGCAGUUACGGCCGCUCAUUGUAUCGUACAGAGGGCUUCUACUAAUUAUGGACUUUUGGUUGGUGAUCAUAGCUUAUCACAGGGUCAAGAAACACAAUCAGCUAAACUGCAUUUAAUAGAAGAUUUCAAUGUGCAUGAAAGUUAUAACUCAAGGACUCAAGAAAAUGACAUUGCAAUCAUACGAACAACUACGGCUAUUGAGUUUAACAUGAAUGUUGGACCUAUUUGUCUGCCGUAUCGUUAUACCAAUGUGGAUUUUUCUGGAGCAGUGGUGACUGCUUUGGGCUGGGGAAGCGUAUACUAUACAGGUCCAACUUCUGACACUCUGCAGGCGGUCAACCUUACUAUCGUCAACAAACAGAGAUGUCAGAGUGCGUACACUGAACCGAACCAAAUCAUCUUCAAUACACAAAUAUGCAGCUACCAAACGGGCAAGGACUCUUGUACUUUUGAUUCGGGCGGUCCGCUUGCAUGGUUCGACAACUUCAAUACCUUCCGAUUCCAACUCCUCGGCGUUAUUUCUUAUGGCCAGGCUUGCGCCACGGAUGCACCGGCUGUAAACACAAGAGUUACUAACUAUGUUUCUUGGAUUCUAAAUGAGACACCAGAAGCGACCUAUUGCUUUCCAUAAACUGCUGUAGUUGCAUUAAAAUAUUGAGUGCAUAUUUGAAUUACAAAUAUAUCUUAUAUCAUAUUAUUUCCAUUUAAACAGUUAACUACAUAAUAUCUGAUAAUUAAUCAUAAA